AUUUUCAUUUCACAACACAAACAACUAUAGAAAUGUCGAAGUUAAGUGAUCACGAUAAAGCAGUUUUGAGUUGUGUUUUUAACCCUAAUCUGCCUUUGGAAGAAGCUAUAAAUGAGCAGCGGGAGAAUCUUGAAGAUGCUGAAAAGCUGACAGCAGAAGAAGAGUCGACAAAACAAAUGGAAAUCAGAGCAGUGCAACUAGCAGAGGCAGGAAGACUAGAUGAAGGUUUAGAGUUGAUAAAUAAAGCUAUUCAAAUUGCGCCAAAGAGACCAUCACUUUAUAACAAUAGGGCUCACAUUUAUCAAUAUUUACGUAAAUUUGAAGAUGCCUUUAACGACUUGACAACAGCAAUCGAUUUAUCGAACGAACAUCACAAGAAAACACUCAGUCAGGCUCAUUGUCAAAGAGGGAUUUUACACAAGAGGGCAGAUCGAAUGGAGUUAGCCAAAGUUGAUUUUGAAAUUGCCUCGAAACUUGGUAAUCAUUUCGCCAAAAGUCAACUGGUCGAAAUGAAUCCGUACGCAGCUUUGUGUAACAGAAUGUUAAGGCAAGUGAUGGAGACAUUAAAAUAGAGGUGAUAACACUCAAGAAAAUAAAAUAAGGAUAUCGACUUAAGUGUAUAUUAUAGUAGCACCAAUAAUAAAAUAAUAUACAAAUAA